GAUCGUGACAAAGCCGAAGUGAAAGCAGCGGAGAUCAUUUCACAUGUUGACGAUUACAACUAUUCUUGAAGUAAUGUCUACCUCAGAUAACUUGCCAGAAGCCGAACAUUCCGGGUUGUUGAAGUUUCUCUCUGCUGCGUUCUACGCCGUCAGUUCAUUCUUGAUCAUUGUUGUUAACAAAACGAUUCUCACAAACUACAGAUUUCCCUCGUACAUGUUUCUAGGAAUUGGACAGAUGGCCACUACAAUCAUCAUUCUCUAUGCUGCUAAAAUGAACCAAACAGUUCACUUUCCAGACUUUGACAGAAGCAUUUUGAUCAAAAUCUUCCCUCUACCUCUGCUGUAUGUUGGAAACCACAUAACAGGACUGGCGGGUACAAAGAAGUUAAGUUUACCCAUGUUCACAGUCUUAAGGAAGUUCACCAUAUUGAUGACAAUGAUCAUGGAAGCAAGGAUAUUGAAAAAAAAAAUCCCUAGUUGUCUGAUCUACAGUGUUUUGGCCAUCGUUUUUGGAGCAUUGGUGGCUGCAAGCUCUGACUUGGCCUUUGAUGCCGAGGGCUACACAUUCAUUCUGCUUAAUGAUGUCUUCACUGCUGCCAGUGGUGUGUACACCAAGAAGAAACUGGGAACUGAGGGUCUUGGAAAAUAUGGGAUCUUAUUUUACAAUGCAUUCAUCAUUUUCAUUCCAACUCUUUUGGCUAGUGCUUUCACUGGGGAUUUACACCAGGCCAUUACAUAUGAACACUGGUUGAACACCCCCUUUGUUUCUUGCUUCCUUAUGUCCUGCAUCAUGGGGUUUGUGCUGAUGUAUUCAAUAGUGCUGUGUAGCCACUACAACUCAGCACUCACCACCACAGUGGUGGGAGCAAUUAAGAAUGUUGCUGUGGCCUACAUCGGUAUGUUUUUAGGUGGAGAUUACCUCUUUUCAUGGACAAACUUCCUGGGCUUGAAUAUUUGUAUAUCAGGGGGACUUGUGUAUUCCUACCUGACGUUCCACAGCAGCAGCAAACCAUCCCAAUGCAAUGGAAGCAGAAUCCAGAAAAAACAGGAUCACCUGAAGAUUCCCAUUAUGGAAGAUUCCACAGACAGACUCCUUGUAAAAUAAGUUACCUUUAUUUAACCUUUUAUUUUAUCAGGGUCCCAUUGAGACCAAGGCCUCUUUUUCAAGGGAGCUCUGCGUGAACACAAUUUGUAAGUGAAUA